GGUAUACCUGCUCGCUGGUGUGCUGGUCUUGGUGCUUUGCUGGCUGUUUUGCGCCUGGCGCGCUUGCCGCGGCAGCCGCCGCGAGCGCGACCUGGAGGCAGCGCUGGAGCGUGAGCGAGCGCAAAUCCGGGAGCUGAACGAGCGGCUCCAGCGUCCAACGCUGCCAGCUGCCAACGCUGCGGCCCAGGGUGGCAAGGGGGCGCGCGGCCGCGGCUUCAAUCCAGGUCGGGGUUGGGCUCCUGGACGAGCAGGCGCCGGUGCCACCGGCGUAGAGAUGCGCGAUUUCCGGCGGUAG